AUGUCAGCUCGACAAAUUGUCCUGUGCUUUGAUGGCACAGGCAACACCUUCCGUACGGAUGGCACGGACACCAACGUCUUGAGAAUCUGUCGCAUGUUAGAAAAGUCCGACGAGCAACUGUGUUACUAUCAGCCGGGAAUCGGAACCGACAUAACCCCGGGUUCUCUGGCCAGCACGACCAUCCAAAAGAAGGGCAAACUGAGUAAUAGCAAAGCACUCAACCUCGCACUGGGUCGUUCGUUUGAUCGGCACGUUUUGGGUGGGUAUCGCUUUCUCAUGCGGCACUACCAAGCAGGGGCCCAAGUGUAUAUUUUCGGCUUCUCACGUGGCGCAUACACGGCGCAGUUCUUGAAUGAGAUGCUUGAUUAUGUCGGACUUCUCGGACCCGAUAAUGAAGAAGUGGUCCCGUUUAUCUGGGAUGCCUUUGUGUCGUGGAAACUUAGCCGUACGGAUAAUGACAGAGAAGCGAAGCGAAAGGCUUUUCAAGUCAUGAAAGACAGUCGCGAAAUACUAUCGCGACCUAUGGCUCGUGUGCAAUUCUUGGGCAUGUUCGAUGCGGUAAAUAGUAUCGCGGACUUUGAAGUCAACGUUGACGGGAGCACCUCGGCCAAGGUAGUUCGACAUGCGGUUAGCAUUGACGAACGGCGUAUCAAAUUCCGACCAGUUUUGUUGCAGCCACAUAGGGAAGAUUGGGCUCACCAAGCGCCCUCGGAUGAAAAGAAACCAGCGAAAGGGACCUCGACCAAUUCCGAACACACGUCUGGACCUCCCGUCCUUCCAGAAAUUUCAAACAUCAGCAUACCAAGCAAGCAACAGGAGAAAGAAGACGAGGAAACGCAGGAUAUCGAAGAAAUGUGGUUUCCUGGCGGCCACGCAGAUAUUGGUGGAGGAUGGAAUCUUGGAUCUAACGAGGCAUGGCCAUUAACACACGUGCCUCUCGUGUGGAUGGCCCAAGAGGCCCAGCGAGCGGGGCUGCGACUCGAUUCGAAAAAGAUGAAACAGCACGAGUGCAUCGGGGAAUUUGAUUCCGAUUUUGAUUUGCAAGCCUCAAACUUGAAGAGGGAUGCCUGUAGUUCGGAAAUACCGAGAGCGCACAAGGAUUACUUGGAGGCACUUCAUCUGGCCGGCACAAAAGGACAUAUCCAUGAUCUCCUUGCGUAUGGUAACGGUCUGCCACUGACUUCCGUUCUCUCCUGGCGUCUGAUGGAGUAUCUUCCCCUGCGACGGAUCGAAUCGCAACCUGAUGGAGCGUGGAAGGCUGUGCGGUGGCCACCGCCGCGUGGCCGAACUCGUGAUAUCCCUGUGAACGCCCGAAUUCAUGUUUCUGCUAUUCAACGUAUGAAGUCGGACCCAUCUUACCGUCCUGGUAAUUUGAUUUUCGGUGCCUGUGAGCGGAAGGAGGUUGCGAGUGGUGCUGUUGGGAUUGGGAAUUUGGUUAUCCACUCAUAUAAAGGUGAUCCGUUGCGGGAGAGGUAUGUUCGUAGGUAG